UGUGAUACUUACAUUUCCGUGAUCGUUAGCUGUUCUGUGGGUCUCAUACCGCUGAGCAGUCAUUUUGUGCCUCGUGUUGGUGGGGCGAGGUUAAGACUCAGCGCAAAAAAUGUGACUUUUCAAUCAGUUCAACUUUUGCAUACAUUUGAAUUUUUUUCAUUGUUUUGUGCAUAAACAGCGGUAAAUGAAAAGAUUGGUGAUUCAGCAAUGAUGAAAUAAUUUUUACGUUUCAAUCAGUAUAAACUUAAACGAGUUGAUUUGGAGUACAAAUUCUGUGCGUAUCAAAUAGUUGGAAGUGAUAUUAGUUCCGCUAUUUCAAUUUGAAACAUAAUGAGUGGUUCUGUAGAAAAAAUCGGAGCUGUGACGUUAAAAACUGAACAUGUGGAUGGCGAAUCUACUGCUCCAAUUAGGAAGGAGGCUCAAAAAGGAUUGUCAGAGUCACAAGUUAAAGAGUUAAAAACUGCGUUUUGUAUGCUGGACAAGAACCAAGAUGGAAGAGUGAAUCUCAGUGAAAUGAAAAUGAUGCUGUCAAAUUUAGGAAUUAAAAUAGAAGACUGUGUUGUGGAAGCUCUCAUCAGUCAAGCAAGUGAAAGAGAUGAUGGUCUAGUCAGUGAAGAAGAAUUCCUUGGAUGGAUGGCAAGUCAAGAAGAAAUCGGUGGACAAGAAGAUGACAUUAUGGAAGAUUUAUUAGCAGCAUUUCGUGUCUUUGAUAAAGAUGGAAAUGGAUACAUCACAAAAGACGAACUGAAAAUGGCUAUGGAUAUAAUUGGAGAACCAGUUACAGAAGUUCAGCUCGAUGAAAUGUUAAAAGCCACGGACAUAGACCAUGAUGGGCGCAUAAAUUACGAAGAGUUCGUGAAAAUCCUUCUAUGAAGUGAUGCCGAAAUCCUUUUAUACUAAAAACUAAGAAGAUCUUCUAAAAUCUAGUAAUGACUCAUCCAGACGUUAGCCAAUGAAAUAAUUCAACCAAGAGAUAUGAACAUCUGUCGCAAAGAACUGAGGAGAACUUAUGGAUGGUGUACACUGUAUCAAAAAUGUUUCAUCCUCUUAUAAAUGCAGUGAAAUGGAGGAGAUAAGAAGGUUUUUCAUUAGUUUGAAAAGUAUUGAUUCUAUAGAAAUGGUACAUGAUCUCUAUCGUUUGUACAUAAACUUCUUAUUAUGACUGUUGUGAGAUACGUUUCUUCUUUAAUAGAGCAGCAUUUUCCGACUUUUUCUGUGAUGGAACAUUUGUGAAUUUUGGAACGGUCUGGAAAUGAACUUUUUCUUACAUUAGUAAAAAUAGCAUUAAAAGAAAAAUCAACUAUAAAUUUUUGCAACUUCAUUUACCAUCGAAAACUUCCAGUUUCAUUUUAAUUUCCAUUUAACACAGCAUUAAAUAUCAUGCGUAAUUUUUUACUUUUUCUUGAUAUUUUCGGGACAUUUAUCGAUUCUUCGAGGAACGCUGGUGUUCUUCAAAACAAAGCUUGGGAAGAGAGCCGGGUUAAGAUAUCAGGGGGCCCAAGGCCAAAUGAUUUUUUGGAGCCCCCUGUAUUCAAACUUAACAAUUUUAGCCAUUGACUAAAACAAUUUUCGUCAUCAAAGGGUUCCUAAAUAGUGGGCGAUCUAGGCCGCUGUCUAGCCUGCCU